GGCAGGGGCGGACGGCGGCCCCACCACGGCAGAGCGAGGGGCGGGCGGCUGCCUCUCGGCGGCCCCUCCGUCCGCGGAGCCAGCCCUGCCAGGGUCGGUGCCAACGCAGCGCCUCGGCGAGGGCGGCGCGGGUCAGGUCCCCGCUCCCCGCCAUGGAUAGCGGGAUGCCGCUGUCCGGUGUGCAGCGAGCGCUGAUCCGGGAGAGCUGGCAGCGAGUGAGCGGCAGCCCCGUGCAGCACGGCCUCGUUCUCUUCACCAGGUUAUUUGACUUGGACCCUGACCUGUUGCCCCUUUUCCAGUACAACUGCAAGCAGUUUGCCAGCCCUCAGGAGUGCCUCUCUGCCCCUGAGUUUCUGGAUCACAUCAAGAAGGUGAUGCUGGUGAUUGAUGCUGCUGUGAGCCACCUGGAGAACUUGUCCUCUCUGGAAGAGUAUCUCUACAACCUUGGCAAGAAGCACCAGGCAGUUGGUGUGAAGGUUGAGUCUUUCUCGACUGUUGGUGAGUCCUUGCUGUACAUGCUGGAGAAAUGCCUUGGCACUGCCUUCAGCCCAGACAUGCAGGAGGCUUGGAGCAGACUCUAUGGUGCUGUGGUGAAAGCCAUGCGACGUGGCUGGGACACUCUCCCAGAAGGGGUCUAGAUUCUGCCAGCCAUCCCCAUCCCCAACCAUGCAGCCGUCCUGGGUAAGGGGAGCGCUCACGCCAUGCUCUCUGCCUUUCUCCAUCCCUGUCUUUCUCUGUGCACUGGCCCAUUGCUGUCUUUUCAGUCACUGUGCUUCAGGGCUCUCCCAGUGAUUCUGCCUUGCUUUGACAUGACCACAUCUCUGCUUUUGCCAAGGGCUGGCAGGGUACAUCUGCAGUGAAGCCUAGGAGUGCCACAGCACAGGUACACUGCUCUGCCCCAAGUUCCUUCCAGCUAGCUGGAGUGCUAGCACCUACGUACCUACUCUGGUUUUUAGCUGGUUUGUCUUCCCUCCUUUUGCUACCCACUCCAGUCAGAUGACAGCUACCACAGGCCUCUCAGACUUCUCUGCCUGAGAUCCUAUUUUCCAUGUUCAAGACCUGCCAAGUCUGGCACUGCUUACUUGUCCUGUUCUGCUGUGCCCAGAGAUUUUGGCUCCCUCCCAGAGGUAGGGGAAACAGAGGUGGGGAGCUGGCCGUGCUAUGCAGCCAUCCUCCUCAAACCUUGUGUAGAGCUUUUCCCCUUGUCCCUUCAGCACCAUUGUCACUACCAGAUGGUUAAUUCUGGUACUUUCUUCUGCCUUGCCUCUUCCCUGGAUGGCAUCCGUGACUUUUCCUUGUGUCAGCUUGGCCACAGCUCAGUGUGUUUCCUGAGGAUGCUUCAAGCAGUGGCAUCAAGUUAACCCUGGUUAACUUGAUGAGGUUAGUUUUAGCAGAUCUGGGCUGCCAGCUGAAAGGCUUUGUGUUGCUUUGGCUGUUUGGUUUAAGCUCAGAGCCAGCAGAAAUGCAGCAGCAGUGGUGGCUCGCUACUGCUUUGUUUUGAGGAGAGUAAACACAAAGGCAAGAUGUCUUAAAGUAAAAAUGAAGCUUGCAAUCAUGUCAUGGCAACAGCUUCCAGAAAACAUUUUGGCUCUUGGCCAGAGGAAGCACAGCUGAAAUUUCUCUGGUGAUGCUGUCAGGACCUGGAGCACUUCCCAGCUGCACACAGUGCCCAUCUGCAGAACUACUCACCCUUUAUUAAUUCCUACCAGCCAUACUUGAGACCCAGCCACUUUGGAGCAGAAGAAAGCCCCCAGUCAGGUGUGAGCAGCAGUGCAGUGGGGUUAGGACAGGAGAGAGAAGACAGCAUCUACGAGAAGAAAUCCCAGGAUGUGGCUGAAAGGCAGCACCUGAAGGCUCUGAGGGUAGCUGAAUUUGAGCACUUUAAAAGUGCUCCUCUUUAUGGGGAAGUUGCUGUGGGACAGGCAUAAUCAUGUUUACAACCAUCACUAGUCCCAGGGCAGGGACAUGGAGCAAGUUUUCAGUCACAGGUAGUGUAGCUCCCUUUUUUUACUGCUCCUUACAGGCAGGAGAAGCCUGUCGUUGAGAGCUAAGCUGGUUCUGUUCUAGAGACACAUUUCUCCUACACUUGGAUGUCCUCCGCUCUGGGGCAGAAUAGAGCUGCCUGCACAUCACAGCUGCAGCUGAGGUCUCCCAGCCCCAUGCCAUGGAGAGGAUGUUGUGGUGCCCUGUGAGAUGGGGCUUUGGUUCCAUAAGACCAGGCCUGGUGGUGGCCAUGAGCUUCCAGUGAGCAAGGAGCUUUCCAGCUGUUUGGGUGGGGUGAUGAGGGGUGGUGUGGCAUAGGCAGUGAACGGCCUCAUGUAGGAUGCUUGCUGUCCUCCCCUGGGGAGCAGGCUCUGCUUCUGCAGUUCUACACCAUGGUAUGCAUUCUGGCCCAUGGCUCUUUCCAUCAGCUGGGUCAGGUGAGGGUCCUUCCCUUCUUGUGCCAGGCAGUAAGGGAUGGAGGAGCUGGGGCUGGGAAGAGGCACUGAUUGUGAUGGCAUGGUAUGGCGCAGGAGAGUUUGGGAAUAGGGACAUCCUGUUUGCAACCCUGUUCUGGGGCAUCAGCCUUCAGCAACACAAAGCAGACCUUCUGACGCUGACAAGUAGGCAGCUGUGUGAUGGGUAGGGUGUGGGUGUUCCUGCUACUGCCCUGAACCAUCCCUGGUCCCUCUAGCUUUCCCAGCUCUUUGACUUCUCUUCUGUACCAUGUUUUGUGUAACUCCUAAGAGAACUGAUCUAGUCUGUGUGCCUCUUAUACCCAGCUGUACUGUUUAAUAAAGAACAAC